GGGUGCUUUAUGAAACCGCUGCUGCUUCUGCGUGAGGAUCAUUGAGGUGAUCCCCGGUUGGUUGAUCCUCACAACUUCAUCAGAGGUGCUGGUUUAUCGGCAUCUGCAGAUCUCAGUGCUGCCCUGGGUCACUUGCAAGAUGCCGGGUACCGGUGCGGUCGCGGCAGCAGCAGCAGGUGGUGGUGGCGGGAGGACCUGGCGCCCGUCGGCAUUAGAUGAGGACAACGACGUCCGCACCUGGCUGCAGAUGGGCAAGGAGCAGAUGGAGAUCAUCCAGGACGCACUCAACCAGACGCUGGCCGACAUCGAGCAGCGUGAGCAGGCCCUGGGAGGCCGCGCAGGAGAGAUUGUGCCCACGGUAAGGCGCCAAAUGGAUGAGGGAUGUCUGCAAUGGGAGCUGAUCUGUGUGUGUGGAUGGUGCAGGUGCAGCUGAUGCGUCAGGAGCUGCACUUCAACGUCUGCGGCGUCUACAUGAAGGCGCGCCGUUCGACUCUUUGUGUGCUGAAAGGUAGCGUGUUGGCCACUCUGUGUGGGGGGCGGUUUGACGAGGCGCUGAUCAAGGAUGCUAACGAGCGCUAUUUCCUGCCGUUUUGUUCUGUGGCCUUCCAGUGGUCAGCCCGGCCGCAGUCAGUCAGGACAGGGCCACUGUCCACCGUCUGUGUGGGUUUCCUUCAGGCUCAUCGGCGAGUUGGCCUUGUAUGAGGUUGGGGAUGUGGACGACAUCACGCUGCCCGACACCAAAAAGAAUGACGCCACAUUCAGGUGCGUACACAUCGACACAAUGGGGAGGAGACGAAUGGCAUUGCCGCACUGUGGUCUCCAUCCAUCUGUGUGUGUGUGUGUGGUGUGGGUGCAGCUACUGGGUGGAGUACCUGACGGCCAAUCCCUCCAAAGGAGACAGCACCAUGCGCAUCAACAUCCCGCCCGUCACACAGGACAACCCGCCCCAGCAGCAGGACGGGCAGCCCGAGGGUGAGAAUGAGCAGCCAGAGGUCGAUCCAGUAUCUGUGGCGGCCCAGCUGCCCGAGAUCAUCCGCAAGGCGAUGGCGGAGAAGGCCUGCGAGCACCAGAGGCUCACCGCCAUCAAGCCACUACUCAAAUCGGGCAAUAACGAGGACGAUGCGGUAAAUCAACCACGACGGACGGGAGAGAGAGAAAGCUCGUUUGCCGAUGGAUGGGCGACUCCGUGUGUCUGUGGUGUGUGUUCAGUUGGUGUCGAUUGACGUGUUUGGUACGACAGUGACCAUCACCAUGGCCGUGGCCAAAUCGCUCGGCGAGGACUCAACCUUGGCAAACAGAUUCAUCAAGUACACAAUGACAACCCAAUGGCCAGACCACACACAGCCAUCCCUGCCACGUGUGUGUGUCAAGUACGACCCCUCUGUGAUGACGGUGCCGGUGGACUACGUGCGGCGCGUCGCCGACAUCGUCACGCGGGCGUACGUCAGGGGCACGGACAUCACGGCCGAGGACGUGCAGAGCUCCCGGGGCGACACCAAUGACAAGGCCUUCCGGAAUGCGCUGAACAUGUGAGCAACGCCACAAACAGAGAGACUGCCGUGCAUCACGAGGCCUCCUCGCCUGGCUGCAGGUACGCUUUGGCUGCUGAUCGCUAUUUGGGUCCCAUUGACGGCCUCCUGACCACCGAGCACCUGCACAAGAUGCGGCAGUGGUGUGAGGGCUGGAACUACCCUGACGCCCCCGCACACAUCCCUUUGUGUGUGGGCGAGCCGGUCACCCGCAUAUACAGGUGAGAAGGGAAGGACAGACAGCCGUGAGGAUGACGGCAUCCUCUCAUCAUGCCUCUGUGUCUUGAUGUGUGUGUGUGUGUCGUGGCAGGGCGACUGUGGAUGGCUGGAGGUGGUUGGAUUUCUUCGAUGCCGUCAGGGGCCACUCCCCCCUGCUGCUCAUCUGCAAGGUGGCCGACAGCAAUGAGCUCUUCGCCGUCCUCAUCGAGGGGCCCAUCGAGGUCACCGGACCGGCGCAGAGCCACCGCGACACGAGAUCAUGGGCCUUCAAGCUGCGGUGGACAGACAGCCAACCACAUGUGGGCUACAUCGGCUGGAACAGCAACAUGUUAAUUGCGGGCACACAGGUGGGUGCCCAUCUGAAUGAGCCAGGGAGUCAUGGUGAUGGUAUCCUCUCCAUCCAUGUGUGUAGGAGAGAGCCACCGAGGUCAUCGAUUUCACUUCACCCGCCUCCGAUGUGACGGCCGUCCUCGGAUCCGGAUGCCUCGAUUUCAGUGUCCGUCUGGCCGCCCAGCAGAUCCAGAUCGGCGCACCAGCAGCGGCCAGCGAUGAGACACUCAAGCGGUGCCAGGGAGUCAUGGUUGAGGAGGAGCAGACGGAUGAGUGGCGACAGUGGGAGCGGCCGGGUGUGAGGCCCAGCGACCACGGCUGGGACGGUGACCGAGUGUUCCUGCCUGUGUCUGUGAAGGGGUUUCACUUUGAUAUUGAUGAGUUCGAGGCAUACAAGCUGGCGUGAGUGAGGGAGGGUGACGGCGGGCUGGCAAGCGUGACGCAUAGAUGGAGGCGGGAGGGGGGAAGGAGAGACUGCAGCCAAAUGCUUCAUCUGACAUUGUACAUCUACGCGUGUGUCCACGUCGAUGGCUGGACUGACCCGAAUGCAUUGAGUUCGUCGCCCGAAGAGUCCAUCAAUCUGUG